GCGCUGUAACGCGGCUCAGACCGGCGGGCGGCCGCUCUAGCCGCCCCCGGGAAGUCGCUGUCCUUACCUUCAGAAGCAGCCCGCGCCUCGGUGUGUGCGCCCGCUGGCCCUCCGCUCCGUCCUGCAGCUACCCACUGCCUUCUCGCCGCCCACCAUGGCCCUGCUGCACACCGGCCGCCUCCUGUCCGGGGUCGCUGCCGCUUUCCACCCGGGCCUCGCUGCCGCGGCUUCUGCCAGAGCCAGCUCCUGGUGGACCCAUGUGGAGAUGGGGCCCCCAGAUCCCAUCCUGGGAGUCACAGAAGCCUUUAAGAGAGACACCAACAGCAAAAAGAUGAAUCUGGGAGUUGGUGCCUACCGGGACGAUAAUGGAAAGCCUUAUGUGCUUCCUAGUGUCCGGAAGGCAGAGGCCCAGAUUGCUGCAAAAAAUUUGGACAAAGAAUACCUGCCCAUUGCAGGACUUGCUGAAUUUUGUAAGGCAUCUGCAGAACUAGCCCUGGGUGAGAACAAUGAAGUGUUGAAAAGUAGCCGGUAUGUCACCGUGCAGACCAUUUCUGGAACCGGGGCCUUGAGGAUUGGAGCCAGUUUUCUGCAAAGAUUUUUUAAGUUCAGCCGAGAUGUUUAUCUGCCCAAACCAUCCUGGGGAAAUCACACACCCAUCUUCAGGGACGCUGGCAUGCAGCUACACGGUUAUCGAUACUAUGACCCCAAGACAUGUGGCUUUGACUUCACAGGCGCUAUAGAGGACAUUUCGAAAAUGCCACAGCAAAGUGUUCUUCUCCUGCAUGCCUGUGCCCACAAUCCCACGGGAGUGGACCCUCGCCCUGAGCAGUGGAAGGAAAUAGCAACAGUGGUAAAGAAAAACAACCUCUUUGCAUUCUUUGACAUGGCCUACCAAGGCUUUGCCAGCGGUGAUGGUAACAAGGAUGCCUGGGCUGUACGUCACUUCAUUGAACAGGGCAUUAACGUUUGUCUCUGCCAAUCCUAUGCCAAGAACAUGGGCUUGUACGGUGAGCGUGUGGGAGCCUUCACUGUGGUCUGCAAAGAUGCUGAUGAAGCCAAAAGGGUGGAGUCACAGUUGAAGAUCUUGAUCCGUCCCAUGUAUUCCAACCCUCCAAUCAACGGGGCCCGGAUUGCCUCAACCAUCCUAACCAGCCCUGACCUGCGAAAACAAUGGUUGCAGGAAGUAAAAGGCAUGGCUGACCGCAUCAUUAGCAUGAGGACUCAGUUGGUCUCCAACCUCAAGAAGGAGGGCUCCUCCCACAACUGGCAGCACAUCACUGACCAGAUUGGCAUGUUUUGUUUCACAGGACUAAAGCCUGAACAGGUGGAGAGGCUGACCAAGGAAUUCUCCAUCUACAUGACAAAGGAUGGCCGCAUCUCUGUGGCAGGAGUCACCUCGGGCAACGUGGGCUACCUUGCCCACGCCAUUCACCAGGUCACCAAGUAAUUUCCCUGCUGAGAAAGAGCAAACAGCCUUCCUGUCUACAGCCUCUGCUGUUGUGAGAUUCACACAGAGGAAGGAGGAGGGCGGGUGGCGGUGAGCAGGUCAUUUCUUUUCAGCGACAGUACUUAACACUCAACCAUUGUGUUUCUCAGAGAAGAACAUGUAGUGAAAUAGGGCAGAGGCAUCUGUGGCUGGUGUCUGAAACUUUGUGGCUCAAAACCAAACUCCUGCUCAUGCUUUAACUCCAGCUGUUCCAAGAGUUUACAUGUACAAGAAAGCCCAAAAAAACCUGUCGAUCACGCCAUUGCAAUGUUUCUGAAGCUUUAACUGGAGCACCAUAUGGUGUUGGGGCACCUCUGCAGAUCCAGCACGAGAGUAGCACCUACAAGAGGUGUUGUGGGAAGACCUCAUUCUAACAUUAGCAGUCAGACCCGUGUCCUCCUGUGAUUGAGCAAGCUUAUCAACAGACCUUGUUCCAGAAAUCAUGUUUCAUGAAAACCAGCAAGUCUGCUGCCAUUGCAGCGAAGAAAAUAAAAGAUACUGUUUCCUGUCUUAUUUAAGGGGGGAAAAAAGGCCCUUCUUUUUAAUACUUUCAGGCAUUUUAAUGUUCCUCUCUUCUCUCUUAUCAUUGCUGUUCUUUUCCUUACGCACAGAGAUCUAUAACUAGCCUAGAUUUUCACCCUCUUCUCUUGCUCAAUUGAUCAUCAACCCCAUCCUAUAGGAUUUACUUAUUUGAAGAAUGAAGAACAUAUUUUACCGUUCAUCCCAUACCCUCACCUUUCUCAUCAGAGAAUAGCAGAGAGUAAGUCACUGCACUUGAUUUUCGUGUCCUCUUCAAUGAUGGUCUCCUGUCGAGGUGUCGCCUCUGCCCAGUUGGACCCCUCACUUCAUCCAGUGCGGUCGUGCAGUCUCUCAUCUCACAUCAUGAGCAGGCCAUGCAGGGCAGACCAGGAAAGAGGAUAUCUGGGCUUUGGUUUUAACCUUUGUGUGCUGCCAGCUAGGCUCAGGCUUCACCCUCUGGAAAGAAAACCGCCAUCUGCUCCGAUCACGUAGACUUCUUGCAGCCUGGUUUCUCUGUUUAAAAUAAAGAUACUGUAGACCC